ACCUUACAACACCACCCAGAGAAGCCAAAACUGCAUAAGACUUGGCAAUUGCUCUCCACAGAUCUCACUCAUUGGAGCCAUGCAGUUUUGUUCUUUUUGUGUCUUUGUGCUGGGGGUGUCGCUGGCGAAAACAUCCGACCCGGAGCCAUGCAACUGCGAAGAGAAGAGGAACACCUGCACCGUCCUUGCUGGAGCGAAUGGAUUGCCUGGUACUCCGGGGACCAAUGGACUGCCAGGCAUCCCUGGGAGACAAGGACUGCCAGGGAAAAAUGGAGAGGAGGGUUCUAAAGGUGAAAAGGGAGACCGAGGAUUGCAAGGGAUACAGGGACCUCCAGGAAAACCCGGUCCUCUUGGGUCCAAAGGAGAUCAAGGUGAAAGAGGACCCAAAGGUGACAGCGGCGGCAGAGAACUUGAACUUCUUAAAACUCAGAUCAGUCAUUUACAAGAGGAGCUGAAGGAGUUGCAGUUGAACUCAAAUAAAACCUCAGCAGGCUUUCUAGGCGAAAUGUUUCCACACAGCACAACAGCAAGAGGAAAGAAAUUUGUCACCAAUGGAGCUGAAGGAAAUUAUCAGGUUUCCAAAAACACGUGUUCCUAUUUUGGUCUGCAAAUGGCUUCGCCAAGAGACGAGGAGGAAAACAAGGCUGUGCAGACGCUCGCUGCCAAGUUUGGAAAAAAGGCAUAUCUUGGAAUGAAUGACCAGGAAACGGAAGGCACCUUUAAGCAUUUAAAUGGCGAUCCGAUGACAUACUCAAAAUGGGCCCCCAACGAACCCAAUGGGGAGCAUGAAGACUGCAUAGAAAUAUACAUGGAUGGCAACUGGAACGAUGCUGAGUGCAGUUACAACCGGUUAAUAAUGUGUGAAUUUUAAUCUGCCCAUGUCUAAAUCCAUGAAGGCUGUAUUCAGAGAUCUAUUACUUACCAGCUUUUUGCCUCAUUUAUCACAUGGGGACGUUCACAUGAAAGCUGCUCUUUUGAGGGGCUGGGGAAUGUCACACAGAUCCAGGUGUAAUUUCGUUGGCCAAUAACAUUUCUAUAACCUUUCAUUAACAUUUCUGCCACAAUCGCAGAACUGUGCUGCACUUUACACAGAAUUUAAAUCCACUCACUUCCGAGAGCAAGGUGCAAAAACCAACCAAAUCACUUGCAAAAAUUAGCCGGCAGUAGAGGAGAAAGAGCUGGUACAUUUAUCCUGAGAUUAUGACAAUCUAUCCAUUAAUAUACUAGUACAAUGUAGAGAUGUUGCAUUUUGAAUAUACUGAGCUGCCACUCCUGUAGAGUUACAAGCUUUGCGUACUUAUAGAAUACGAAAUCAUGUGAUUUUUUAAAAAAAUAAGAUACAGCAUUUACAUGUUUAUUUGUUUAAUUGAAUUUUGAUUUGAUUUAUUUGAUUAUUAGCCCACUCUUCCCAUGAACAAACUCAGGGCAAGGCCCAACAUCCCUGAACCACCCCUGUUGUAGUCUUUUUUUUUUUUUAAAGGAAUGUCUUAAAAAUGGUGUUUGCAAUAUCCCCAAAGGUAGCACUAGAUGGCACUGUCUAAGGAAGUUUAACUGACCCAAGAAGAGCCUAAGAUUCCGCAGCUGCUGCUUUGCUUUAUUAGAAUGUCGAAAGUGUCAAGCAUGCAUAUUUCUUAGCACAAUGGUGGGUUCUUAGACAGAAAGGAGACUGUUAGUAUCCACCACCUGCCUCCCUUUUUCCCAAAUGUUGGGCAAAUAGUAAAUCUGCCUCUCCUCCACAUUCACACAGACAGCUCUUGUCAGGUCUGGAAGAGGUGAGAAACGGAGAUGUUUUUAAUAAUCUACAUUCCUUAGUAGUAAAAUAGAUACGUACUAUGUACUAACCUUUGAACCCAUGACUCAAAAUGCAUCUGUAUGUUAUUCUUUGAACUAAUCCUAUAUAGUAACAGUAUAAUUAUGUAUACAUCAUUACUUCCAAGGACUCUGUCCUUGGUAAAGCUUCAGAGUUUCUACAAUAAAGCAACUUUUGAUUUUACAACAAAA